ACUUCCACUCAUCAGGAAAACGCCCAGCCCGAAAGUCAGAUUAGAAUGCACUUGACGCUCAGCCCCGCGAGGACGACGAGGGAGGCGGCGCACGCGCGGUCCGCGAGCGAACCGUGCCACCCCGCGCUCGCGCGCCUCCACGGCACCGUCCGCGCGCUCAGGGCGUGGUCCAGGUCCUGCGGCGGCGGCAGCGGAGACGCGGACAGCCACGGCUCCUCCUCCUCCACUGGCCACGGCCUCGCGCUGCUGGAGGCAGUCCUGGCCGCGCUGGGCGACCUGCUCGCCACGCCGCGGGCCGCGGCGGCCCUCCGCGCCGCCGCCGACGAGGACGGCCAGGUCCUGGACCGCUUCCUCGUGCUCGCGGACGCGCACGGCACGUUCGGGUCGGCGCUGCUCGCGGCGAAGCAGAGCGUGUCGGACGCGCAGGCCGGCGCGCGCCGCGGGGACGGCGCGGUGGUCGCCGCGUCGGCGCGCGCGCGCAGGCGGACUGAGAAGGAGCUGCGCCGCCUCGCCGCCGCGAUGCGGCACGCCUCGAGGCACGCGGACGCCGCGGACACUGGAGUGGUCGGCACGGUGGUGGCGGAGGCGGCCGUGGCCGCGGCAGAGGCCUCGGCGGUCGUCUUCUCCGGCUGCGCGGCCAUGUCGCCUGGCGUGUCGGACAUGGUACGGACGGUGCCUUCGCACAGGUGGCUAGCGAGGUUGGGCGUCGCAUCGGAGGCCAGGAAAGUGGCGCCGGAGCUGGCGCCAGCGGCACUGCGAAGGCUGGAGGAGCUCGAGGGUCGCAUUGCCGGGCUGGAGUGCGAGAGCGAGAAGGUGUUCAGGAGGCUGCUGCAGGCUAGAGUUGUGCUCCUCAACAUCCAUAGCCCCCUGUGAUUCCUCCACUGUGUUACAUACAGUUGCAGUCAAAAUUUCAGAGGAUUGAACUA